AUGAAAGUCACAUUUGGUCUCUCGCUAGCCCUUUUUGCUUCGAGUGUCUUGGCAAUCCAAGACUACUGCAACCCUCAUUUCAAACCUAUUGCCGAAGCUGGCUAUGAAUUAGAUCUUUCCCGACUCAACAAGGAAUUUGUCGUUACUCAAAAGGCAUCUACAGUACCUGCCACUCGAACUACCGAAAUCAAGAUCAACAUUUGUGAUGCCUUGCCUGCACCUAAAGAAAACGAUGUAGAUGACUGUCCCAAAGGUUCUUACAUUUGCAGAAGAAUCAUCUAUAACAAGGAUGGUAAAGAUAUUGUAACAGAAGUCCAGACUAUCUCUGGUGAUUUUGACAAGGAAAAGAAACUUGUUGGUAAUUUCAAGGCACCCGAGGAUGAAGAAGACCUGUCAAAUGAUGGUAUCGUUUAUACUCUUGAACUUGGUGGUGGUAAGGUUGGAGAAAGAGCUCAGUCUGCCCAGAUUACUCUUGAAUGUGACAAGAGCAUUUCCCGCGAAGAUGAGCCCAAGCCACCUACCGUUUUGUCAUAUACCAGCAAUAAGCUUACAUUGCGUUGGAAGACUGCUCUUGCAUGCGCUGUGAAGCCCGAUGAGAAAAAACCUGAUAACGGAAAUGACAAAAAGGGUGACGAGACUCCUCAACCCAAGGAAGGAAUGUCUGGUGUUGGAAUCUUCUUUACCACUGUAUUGGUACUGUUGGCUAUCUACUUUGUUGGUGGUGCAUUCUACAACUUUAAGAUGUACAACGCCCAAGGACUUGACUUGAUCCCUCAUCGUGAUUUCUGGUUUGACUUGCCCUAUCUGAUCAAGGACAUUUUCUCACACUUGGUAGACACAAUCAUGUCCCACAGACGAGGUAGUGGUGGCUAUGUUGCCGUCUAA